AAUUCAUGUCUCUGUUAUGCUUAAUUAAUUACGUCGCUGUUUUCUUCCCUCCCGAUUUACUUCUGCUUCUUCUGAUUUUCAUGGGUUACCGGCGGAAGCUGAGGAUUGUGAUUGGCAUUUUCAAGGACAAAGCUUCCUUGAUCAAAACGACCCUCUCCACCAAAAGCCAUGCUUCUUCUAUCCGUCGCGUGAUUAUACGCGCCACUUCCCACGGCGCGCCUUCGCUGACCUCUGACAAUCGUAUCGCUGCCGUGCUGUCUCUUGGACAGGGUUCCCGUGCCACCGCAUCCGCUUGCAUCCAGGCUCUCAUGGACCGGUUGCACGGAACAAAGAAUGCCACGGUUGCCCUUAAGUGUCUAUACGCAGUACAUAAUGUCAUUGCAAAGGGAUCAUUUAUCUUGAAAGAUCAGCUCUCCGUUUACCCUUCUUCUGGUGGUCGGAAUUUCCUUAACAUGUCAAGGUUCAGGGAUGGUUCCGACCACGAAAAUUGGGAAAUUUCAUCUUGGGUUCGGUGGUACGCAGGGGUUCUGGAGCAGAAUUUGAUGGUUUCACGGCUUUUGGGUCAUUACCUCUGUUCUCCUCCGGGUGCAAAGGAUGAUGAUAAACGAGGGAAGGUUUCGGUUUUGUCAAAUUUGGAUAUUUUAAACGGCGUUGAUGUUCUUGUUGGAUUUGUUGAGCAAAUCGGUAAUGUACCGGAGUCGCUCCACCUUCGCCGGAACAGUUUGGUGUUUGAGGCGGUGAGAUUCGUUGGGGAAGAUUAUAGGUCGGUCCAACGCGAAAUCUCGAUUCGAGUAGGGGAACUCGGAGAGAGAAUGGUGAGUUUGAGUGGCGGCGAGUUGAUUCAGUUUUCGAGUUGUUUGAAGAGAACAGAGGAUUGCAAAGAGAAGCUGUCUUCUCUGUUUGGGAAUAGAAAAAUGAAUGAAGAAUUGUGGGAAUUGAUAAGGGAAACGAAGAUAAAUCUUGAGGAGAUGAUGGAGGAGAAGAGAAAGGGAAAGGUGCCGGCGAUUAUGGAGGACAACUCAGGCGAGUUAACUCGGUUCGGCCGGUAGCUCCGAUCGGCGUCAGGCGGUGGGUGGUUAAGUACGAACCGCAUGCCCCUGACGAUAUCAACUGUA